CCACUAAGAAAUCUGGCGCGAAAACCAUACUAUUCCCCGCCAUUUGCGAAGUCAAAACCCCCAAAUCUUUUUCCCUCCAUACGCUGAUCCUAAUCUCUGCUUCCCUCACUCUGCAGCCAUGGCCUCCGAUUCCUCUCCAGCUCCCUUCAACAACGGACCUUCUUCUCCGGAUGACUCCCUCUCCAGUCCCAUCGGCAACACAUUUUCUUCCCCCGCAGCUGACAACUCUCGCCGGAACAGACGCAGGGGUAGAUCCACUACCCCUUCGGCGUUUGCUACCCCUCCUCCUCCCCAAUCCCGCUUCGCCACUUCAGAAUCAACCCCGACUCCUCAACGGAGCAGAUCCAUUCCUCGUCAAGCUGCCGUUUCAACCCCGUCUUCCGCUUCUGAGGGCCUACCCUCUUCCGAAGGAGGUGAUGAUAUGGAUGAGGCCACACCCACGUUCGUGUGGGGCACCAACAUCAGUGUUCAGGAUGUUAAGUCUGCUAUCCAUAUGUUUCUGAAGCAUUUUAGGGAUAAUAAUCAAAGUCAAGGGACUGAGAUAUUUGAGGAAGGGAAGUACAUGAAAGCGAUACAUAGAGUGCUGGAAAUUGAAGGGGAGUGGCUUGAUGUUGAUGCGCAUGAUGUGUUUGGUUAUGAUUCUGAUUUAUAUACGAAGAUGGUUAGGUACCCACUUGAGGUUUUGGCCAUUUUUGAUAUUGUUUUGAUGGAUAUUGUGAGUUUGAUUAAUCCUUUGUUCGAGAAACAUGUGCAAGUGAGGAUUUAUAAUCUUAAGACUUCCACGACAAUGAGAAGUCUCAACCCUUCUGAUAUUGAGAAGAUGGUGUCCCUCAAGGGAAUGAUAAUUCGUUGCAGUUCUAUAAUACCAGAGAUCAGGGAAGCAAUUUUUAGAUGCCUUGUGUGUGGGUACUUCUCUGAUCCCAUUGUUGUAGAUAGAGGAAGAAUAAAUGAACCUACAGUAUGCAUGAAGCAGGAGUGCCUUGCUAGAAACUCUAUGACAUUGGUUCAUAAUCGGUGCAGGUUCGCUGAUAAGCAGAUCGUGAGGCUUCAGGAGACACCUGAUGAGAUCCCUGAAGGAGGAACGCCACACACAGUGAGCUUGUUGAUGCAUGACAAAUUGGUGGAUGCUGGAAAACCUGGUGACAGAGUUGAGGUCACUGGGAUUUAUAGAGCCAUGUGUGUUAGAGUUGGGCCCACGCAAAGAACUGUAAAAUCAUUAUUCAAGACUUACAUUGAUUGUCUUCAUAUAAAGAAAACUGACAAGUCAAGAAUGCUGGCAGAGGAUCCUAUGGAAAUUGAUAAUGGCUCACGUAGAAUGGAGGAAGAUGUCCAAUUUGAUGAAGUGAAAAUACAUCAAUUAAAGGAGCUGUCAAGACAGCCUGAUAUUUAUGACAGGCUAACAAAGUCAUUGGCACCAAACAUUUGGGAGCUGGAUGAUGUGAAGAGAGGUCUUCUCUGCCAGCUCUUUGGUGGGAAUGCCCUGAAGCUGCCAUCUGGUGCUAGCUUCCGUGGUGAUGUCAAUAUCCUUCUAGUUGGUGAUCCUGGAACUAGCAAGUCCCAGCUACUACAAUACAUACACAAAUUAUCUCCUCGUGGCAUCUAUACUAGUGGGAGAGGGAGCUCUGCUGUUGGCUUGACUGCAUAUGUUAGCAAAGAUCCCGAGACAGGGGAAACGGUUCUGGAGAGUGGAGCACUUGUUCUGAGUGACAGGGGGAUCUGCUGUAUUGAUGAAUUUGACAAAAUGUCUGAAAAUGCAAGGAGCAUGUUGCAUGAGGUGAUGGAACAGCAAACUGUUUCCAUUGCCAAGGCUGGAAUUAUUGCUUCCCUUAAUGCAAGAACAUCAGUAUUAGCCUGCGCAAAUCCUAUUGGCUCACGCUAUAAUCCUCGGUUGUCAGUGAUUGACAACAUACACCUUCCUCCUACCUUGUUAUCCAGGUUUGACCUCAUAUACUUGAUUCUUGACAAGGCUGAUGAACAAACAGACAGGCAUCUUGCCAAGCAUAUUGUUUCAUUGCACUUUGAGAAUCCUGAGAUUGCACAGCAGGAUGUCUUAGACAUUGCAACAUUAACUGCAUAUGUGAGCUAUGCUCGUAAGCAUAUUCAACCAAAGCUAUCUGAUGAAGCUGCUGAAGAGUUGACUCGAGGAUAUGUUGAGAUGAGAAGAAGAGGAAAUUUCCCUGGUAGCACAAAAAAGGUGAUAACUGCGACACCUAGGCAGAUAGAAAGUUUGAUACGCCUAAGUGAAGCUCUGGCUCGGAUUCGUUUAUCGGAAUGGGUCGAAAAGCAUGAUGUAAUUGAGGCAUUUCGACUUCUGGAGGUUGCAAUGCAACAGUCAGCAACAGAUCACUCCACUGGAACUAUUGAUAUGGAUCUCAUCACAACUGGAGUUUCAGCAAGUGAAAGGAUGAGAAGAGAGAAUCUUGUAUCAGCAACUCGAAACAUAAUUAUGGAGAAGUUGCAACUUGGGGGACCUUCAGUGCGCUUGUUGGAGUUACUGGAUGAGCUGAAGAAGCAGAGCUCUACCAGCGAAGUUCACCUUCAAGACCUGAGAAAUGCAGUUGCAACUCUUGCGGGGGAGGGAUUUGUAGUUUUCCAUGGUGACAGCGUAAAAAGGGUAUAGUAGACUUCAUGCCAAAACAAUGAAUGGUACAACUAUUUGUCUGGGAUAUGAAUUCUCUGGCUUUUUGGAAAUCUUGGGCGUAUGAUUGAAUGAAGGUUGCCUAGCAUUGACCAGGAGAUUGCUAGAUGUAUUAACUAUUACGUGAUUGUAAAUUUAUAAAUUCUUUUCAUGGUUUGUAUCAGCAACUUUUUAAUUCUUAAAUAUUGCAAGAUUAGCAACUAAAAUAUUAUUUUAUCUCA